CUAUGGCAUCACUUUCGCCGCUGACCCGCGCAGCCGCGUCUACAUCGGCAGCACCGUCGGCAAUCUUACCGCUCGCCUACGCGGGCAUGUUGCCGCUGCGCGCGGCGCCCACACCGCUGCUACGCCGCACCUACGGCCCAUCCUGCGCAACAUCAUCCAGUACGGCACCGACACCAUGUACGCCACCCCGCUCAGCGUCGCCCCCAAACGCAUCCCCCGCAGCAAGGACGACCCCAACUGGAUUGCAUGGUCGCGCCGCCUUGAAGGCCUGUGGACGCGUGCCGUUGAUGCUUUCGCUGCAAGAGGCCUCAAUGUCGCGCGCAUCGCCCGCGCCCUGGCCAACCCCACCGGACUCGACUUCCUUUUCGCCACUGGCCCUCCCCCACUCCCGCCCGCCCUCCUCCCCGACGACGGCCAACCCCGACGGCUUUUUGCCUCUCGCAACUGGGCCCGCCGCAUCUCCGUUGUCCACCACCACAUGCGCGCCGGCCGCAUCGCCCUGCCCGACCGCCUCCACAGCCUGGCCACCUACAGCAUCAACUCAUUGCAGCGCAUGCUUCUCGCUUUGCGCAGCCUGGCCCCAUCCUCCCUUCACCGCACAGCAACCCCAGCCGACAUCGCAGCCAUUCGCCAGGUCCUCACUGCCGCCCACGCCGCCGCGCAGCGCCGCCAGCUUGACGCCCGCCCCAAGCAGCCCCUGGUCCUCCGCCUCCCAGCCCCGCUUCAGGCUCACCUCCGCGCCGCCGACGCCAGAGCCCUCCUCGCCUCGCCAGGCAUUGCCCGCUUCAUGCCGGACCGCAUGCCCGCCGUCUCCACCGUCACCUUCCUCGCACCUCCGUCCCUGCGCCACCUCCUCUGCAACGCCGCAAAAGCCAGCCGCGACCCCGGCGCCACCACCUCCUGCACCUGCCAUCUCUUCCCCGCCCUUCCCCGCGACCCUGCCCACGGCCACAUCUUCACCCACCGCCUACAGCCCGCCUUGACGCCGGCCGCCGCUGCCCUCUGGUCCAUGGGAGCCAAUACGCGCCCACCGCCUGACCCCAGCGCGCCUCUCCCCACGUCCCUGGCCGACGACCUGCGGAAGUCACUCUUCGGAUACUGCCGACGCGCCGCCCGCGCCGCACGCAUCACCACCGACUCCGCCACAUCUUGGGUCAACGCCGCCGCCGCUGCCCUGCGCGCCACUGUCGACCCUUCCGCCGCCGCCUCCGUCGAUGCCGACAUGCUCCUCCACCCCGCCCCCACACCGCCGCCUCCACCGGCAUUUCCGCUAUCCGCCGCAGAUGUCGCCGCCGCCACCGCCACCUUCCGCAGCGUCCGCCGCAACCUCAUCAUCACGGUCAUGGACAAGUGCCCGGACAACUUUGUCGCCGUGUGCCCCCACCUAUAUCAUGCCAAGCUCGCCGCCGACUUGCAAGCAUCCCCCUUCUACGCCGUCGCCACCCCUGCUGACUACUCCGCCAGCCUUACCGCCGUCGGGCUUAUGCUGCAGCCGCUGGGGCUCCCCUUCCACGCCGCCCGGCCGCCACCUGUCAACUACGGCACCGGCAAGUGCCACAAGACCCCCUUCGGUUUUCGCUACAUCACCGCCUCUCCCGCCAUCCCCACCACCGAUGCCGCCGUCGUCCUCACCGGCUUCCUCCGUACGCUGGACGCCACCCUGCCGAAACUGUACGCAGCCCUCUUUCCGCGCCUGCCCCUGCGGCCGUGGCACGUCAACGGCCCCUUCGUCUCCGCUAGCCUGCUGCGCCACGCGUCCCUCGCCCCCAGGCCGAUCAACCCUCUCCCCGGCGCCGGCACCACCACCUUCACGCCCACACCCCCCGCCGCCACCACCCCCGCACCGACUCCCCCCGCCCCGGACUUCCCUUGUGCUGUCUGCGGCCGCACCAAUGGUCACGGCCUCAUCCUGUGUGAUCACUCCGGCGCUCGCACCGACGGCCGUGCCACAUGCCUCGUCGGCGCCCACGGCGCAUGCUUACGGCCCGCAAUCAGCACACGCGCCGCCCACCGCAUGGGCACCUGGCACUGCCCCCUGCACGCGCCGCAGCCUGUUGAGGACCCCGCGACAUCCUGCCCCUACACUGGCACCCUCACCUUCGGCCGCACGAUCCGGUACCCGCCCCCUGCCCCUGGGCCACCCAUCGCCACCGUCACCUACACCGCCUCGACUGCCGCGCCAUGUCAGCUGCCCGGCCCUAUCUCCGCGCCGGCCGUGUGCACAUAUGACGUGGAACGGCUCUUCACCAACCUGCCUAUUCCUACCUGCAUCGAGCAUUUGGUCAACCUCUUCUCCCUCCCCUACCUGCAAAUUCGCGGCGUCGCCAUGGGCGCCAACUUCGCUUCGUACGUUGCCAACCUGGUCCUUGCCUAUGAUGAGUUGCGCUGGCAGCACGCACUCUACACCCGCGUCUUCAUGCCCUCCGCCAGCUCCUUGUGCGCGGAAGCUUCCCUCGCCCUUGAUGUGCUACUGGCGUUCCAAGACACCCAGCGGUACACCGACGACCUCCUCGGCUGCUGCAACCCCUUCCUUCCCCACCUGCUGCUGCAAUCCCAAUCGCUUGCCGGCAUCCCUGGCAUCUACUCCACCGACCUCACCUUGGCGGCCUCCGGCGCCACACCCGCCGCCGGCGUCGCCACGCCUUACCUCAACUUCGCCAUCACCCCCCACAGCAGCAACAUCUACGGGCACGUCGUGUACGACCUACAGCCGUACGACAAACGCGACAGCCCCAAGUUUGCGCAGCUCGGCGUCUCCCGCUUCACCCCGUUCUACUCCUGCAUCCCCCGGCACGUGCGCUUCAACGUUGUCAUCGGCGCCCUCGUCACCCUUGCGCGGCUCUGCACCACCCUCGGCACCUUCCUCACGUCAGCACGGCGCACACUGCGGCGGCUACAUCUGCGCGCCUACCCGCGCCCCUUCCUCCGCAAGGCCCUCAUGCGCUUCUAUUGUCGGCAUCGCCAACUGCUGCCGGGUACCAUGACCUCACGCGGGCUCCUCAGCCUCCUGCCGCCCCCGGAUCUGCCCCCUCCUCCGCCGGCGGCCCCGCCGCCGCCUCCCCCUCCGGCCCCCGCGCCACCAGUCGCCGCCGCCGUCGUCCUGCCGGCCCUGCCCGCACCACCGCUUCCCUUCCCUCCUGCUGGCCACGCGGCCUGGUGCCACGGCGACAACAACAUCGGCUCAGGCGACGACAUGUCCAUCCCCUCUGACAGCGGCAGCGAUAUGUCCAUCUGUUAGCAGCAGCCCCAGAUGUGACGCAGCAGCGUCAGCCUCAGCCAGCACGACAGCCGUGGAGCGGCGAUAUGGGCGACGGUAGCGGCGGUACCGAGCGGUGCGGUGGCUUGUAGUAGGUGAUUGGGGGUGGGGCGCCGGUCCCGGCUGCCCUGAACCGCUCUGCGGUGCGGGGACGGCCGUGCCGGUGUUCCCGUGCUGGGCUUCUGGUUUCCAGUUUUACGGUGAGGACACAGGUCGGUGCUAAGUUUGGGGCUUGGCGCGCGUGUGGGCUUUUUCCUUGUCGGUUCGGCGCAGGUCGGGUUCUUGGGUUUGCGUUAGGGGCGCUGCUUUUCGGGAGUGUGCUGUCCCGCCGGCCGUGUGUGGGGCGUGCGGUGCGUGAUCGCCGGCUUCUCGGCCGUCUUGUGGGUUGUGUGUGCGCGUGUGAGUGCCUGUUUGCGGCGGGCGCGUGUUGGCUGCGUGGGCGGGCUCCUUGGCGGGUUUUUCGUCCUGGCUGUGUUUUGCCCUGUGUGUGUGCGCGUGUCCCCUCUCCGCGCUCCCGUGCCGCAGGGCUGAUGUUUUUAAGACGCC